UAUUAUUUUUGUCCCCUGCCACUCUUGAAUUCGUCGUCCUCUCCAAACUCAAACUCUCUCUCUCUGUCGUGCCUUCAUUUUCAUUUCCUCACCAUUCUUGUUUACACCAAAUAAUGAAUUAAACAAGGCGAGGCCACUCAAUUCUAUUCAUUCAUUAUUCAUUAUUCAUUAUUAUUCAUAUAUAUCAUCAUCUGCAUUGGGCCGGUUGAGUUGUGUGGAUGCCUGUAGAAGAAGAGGCUUUUGCCGGCAGAGGCCAAAACAAUAUGGAAGCAACAAUGCUGCUGUUCCAUUUUACAAGCUCUUCAUAUUUUCUGAUUGGUGGGACAAAUUCUUGAUGCUGCUGGGAACCCUUGGUGCCAUUGGCAACGGCCUCAACUCCCCACUCAUGGCAUUACUCUUUGGCGAACUUGCUGAUGCUUUUGGUACAUCUCAAAAUGAUAAAGUACUUCCUGUUGUUUGCAAGGUUUCACUAAAACUUGUGUAUGUCGCUUUGGGCUGCGGUGCAGCAGCAUUCCUUCAGGUGGCAUGUUGGAUGAUAACUGGAGAGAGACAGGCUGCACGAAUUAGGAGUCUCUAUCUCAAAACUAUUUUGCAGCAAGAUAUUGCUUUCUUUGAUAAGGAAGUACAUACAGGGGAAGUCAUUGGAAGAAUGUCCGGUGACACUGUUCUUAUUCAAGAUGCCAUGGGCGAGAAGGUUGGGAAGUUCGUGCAGUUAAUGUCCACAUUCUUUGGCGGCUUUGUGAUUGCCUUUACCAAAGGGUGGCUCCUCACCCUCGUCAUGCUCUCAUCCAUUCCUCCACUCAUGAUAUCCGGCGGUAUCAUGUCCCAGGUUGUAUCCCGGAUGGCCUCCCGCGGUCAAAAUGCAUAUGCCGACGCUGCAGUUAUUGUUGAACAGACUAUUGGCGCCAUUAGAACUGUUGCCUCAUUUACAGGAGAGAAGCAAGCAGUGUCCAAUUAUGGCAAGUCCCUUGAAAAAGCUUAUAAAUCAGCUGUGCAUGAGGGGCUGGCUACUGGACUUGGUCUUGGAUCAGUUAUGUUUAUGAUGUUCUGCAGUUAUGCUUUGGCCGUUUGGUAUGGCGGCAAGAUGAUCUUGGAGAAGGGUCAUUCAGGGGGCGAAAUAUUUACUGUUAUUGUCGCAGUUUUAACUGGUUCACUGUCUCUGGGACAAGCAUCACCUUGCAUGACAGCAUUUGCGGCAGGUCGAGCUGCAGCCUUCAAGAUGUUUGAGACUAUAGAUAGGAAGCCCGAGAUAGAUCCAUUUGAUCCCAGGGGCAAGAUAUUGAGCGACAUCUGUGGGGAUAUAGAACUUAGAGAUGUUUAUUUUAGCUAUCCAGCCAGACCAACUGAGGAAAUAUUCAGCGGCUUUUCUUUGUUUAUCCCUCGUGGCACAACCGCGGCAUUAGUUGGACAGAGUGGGAGUGGCAAGUCAACUGUGAUUAGUUUGAUAGAGAGGUUUUACGAUCCACAGGGCGGUGAGGUUCUAAUUGAUGGGAUUAAUCUCAAAGAAUUCCAGCUCAAGUGGAUUAGGUCGAAAAUUGGUCUGGUCAGCCAAGAACCUGUACUUUUUAUGGGUAGCAUCAAGGAUAACAUUGCAUACGGAAGGGAAGGUGCAACUGAUCAAGAGAUUAGAGCAGCAGCGGAGCUGGCGAAUGCUGCUAAAUUUAUUGAUAAAUUGCCCAAGGGCUUGGACACCAUGGUUGGUGAACAUGGGACUCAGCUUUCUGGUGGACAGAAGCAAAGAAUCGCCAUAGCCAGAGCAAUUUUAAAAGACCCUCGAAUUUUGCUUUUGGAUGAGGCAACUAGUGCACUAGAUGCAGAAUCUGAGAGAAUUGUUCAAGAGGCUCUUGACCGGAUUAUGGUUAACAGAACAACUGUUAUAGUUGCUCAUCGUUUGACCACAGUUAGAAAUGCCAACAUCAUUGCCGUCAUUCACAAAGGAAAGAUGGUCGAAAAAGGUACACAUUCUGAACUUCUGGAAGACCCUGAAGGAGCGUAUUCUCAGCUUAUACGAUUGCAAGAAGCACAUAAAGAUGAAGAGGAACCCAUUGAUGAGCCUGAACCAGUUUACAGUAACGAAUAUAGUAGGCAGGCGAGCCAAAGAGCAUCACUUCUCCAUGCAAUUAGUCGGAGAUCCUCUAGGCCAAGAAGUGGAAGCCACCGUUCACUAUCAAUCACAUUCGACCUAUCCAGGGGGCUUAGUGUUUCGCGAAGUGAAUAUGAUGAUCUCGAAACUGAUGAACCCAAUAAGCAUCCAAAAGUCCCAAUAAGCCGACUCAUUGCUCUCAACAAGCCUGAGGCACCAGCUUUAACAGCAGGAGCUCUAUCAGCAAUCCUAAAUGGGGCAAUAGUUCCAUUUUUUGGCAUAUUACUUUCCCUCGUCAUUAAGACUUUCUACGAGCCGCCACAUAAGUUAAGGCAGGACUCAAGAUUCUGGGCGCUGAUGUUUGUGGUUCUUGGCGUGGUGUCAUUAGUUGCAUAUCCAUUGAGGACAUAUUUUUUCGGCAUUGCUGGUUGUAGGUUGAUAAGGAGAAUUAGGAUGAUGUGUUUUGAGAAGGUGGUUAAUAUGGAGGUUGGUUGGUUUGAUGAGCCUCAAAACUCAAGUGGAGUAAUUGGUGCAAGGCUUUCGGCUGAUGCGGCUACAAUUCGUGCUUUAGUGGGUGAUGCACUGGCACAAUUGGUUCAGGAUCUUGCAGCAGCAGUAGUGGGAUUGGUUAUAGCUUUUAUCGCAUGCUGGCAGUUGGCACUUAUCGUCCUUGGUAUGGUACCUCUGAUAGCAUUAAAUGGAAUUGUGCAACUCAAAUUCAUGACCGGCUUCAGCGCAGACGCAAAGGUGAUGUAUGAAGAAGCAAGUCAAGUGGCUAAUGAUGCUGUUGGAACUAUAAGAACAGUGGCUUCUUAUUGUGCAGAAGACAAGGUAAUGGAAGUAUACAGAAAGAAGUGUGAAGGCCCGGUGAAGUUAGGUAUAAGGCAAGGAUUGAUUAGUGGAACAGGUUUUGGUCUGUCGUUGGCCUUGGUGUUCUUUGCCUAUGCCACGGCUUUCUAUGCAGGAGCACGGCUUGUUGAGGCUGGAAAAACAACAUUUGCAGAUGUGUUUCGUGUUUUCUUUGCUCUAACCAUGGCUGCAGUGGCCAUAUCUCAAUCAAGCACAUUCGCCCCAGAUUCAAGCAAGGCCAAGAGCGCGACUGCUUCUAUAUUUGCCAUCCUAGACAGAAAAUCAGACAUUGAUCCAAGUGAUGAAUCUGGCACGACACUAGAAAAUCUCAGGGGAGAAAUUGAAUUAAGACACAUCAGUUUCAAGUACCCUACUAGGCCUAAUGUUAGAAUUUUCCGGGACCUCUCAUUGACAAUUCACAGUGGCAAGACUGUUGCUCUGGUUGGAGAAAGUGGAAGUGGAAAGUCGACUGUGGUUUCUUUAUUGCAAAGGUUUUACGAUCCUGAUUCAGGUGUGAUCACGAUUGAUGGGAUUGAUAUUCAGAAGUUCCAGCUGAAAUGGCUAAGGCAGCAGAUGGGACUUGUGGGGCAAGAGCCAAUCUUGUUUAAUGAAACAAUCCGAGAUAACAUUGCUUACGGCAAGGAAGGGAACGCAACAGAAGCAGAAAUCAUAGCUGCAGCCGAACUAGCAAAUGCCCACAAAUUCAUCAGCGGAUUGCAACAGGGAUAUGAUACAAUGGUGGGGGAGAGAGGAGUUCAAUUGUCAGGAGGACAGAAACAGCGAAUAGCGAUAGCACGGGCGAUCAUAAAAGCCCCAAAGAUACUGUUAUUAGAUGAGGCUACCAGUGCAUUGGAUGCUGAGUCUGAAAGAGUAGUUCAAGAUGCACUGGAUCGCGUAAUGGUUAACAGGACAACAGUAGUUGUGGCUCACAGAUUAUCAACCAUCAAGGGAGCAGACCUUAUUGCUGUGGUUAAGAAUGGAGUAAUCGUGGAGAAAGGGAAGCACGACUCUCUAAUCAAUAUCAAAGACGGUUUCUACGCAUCACUCGUGGCGCUCCACAUGGCUGCUUCAUCUUAAUUAAUAAUCGUCUUCUUGAACAACGACUUGUUGGAAUUUUAUAUAUAAUGAAGAAUAUGGAGGGGUGAACAAGUAUGAGUAUAGUUAGAGGAGAAUAGGUAGUUAAGAUGGUGGUGCAAUAAAUUAAUUAAGAGCCAUAGUGUAGCUAGCUAGUGAAAGUGAAAUUACAUAUAAGUGUAUAUAUAUGGACUCAAAAUCAGUAUAUAUAUAUAUAUAUAUCAGCUUUGAUGAUUCGUUGCACUGAA